AUGUACGCGUCACCAUUGGACCCAGACGGUGGAGAGGCUGGGGAAGUACUUGCUAUGGAUGAACAGAAAAGGCACAGUCAGCAGGAUCAGUCAGCCGGUUCCAGAGCCGCCCUGAUCUAUCGCCGGCUUCGGCAAUCUCAGAGUCAUCCUCUCUUCCACAAGGUCCGUAUAAAAGUUCUCAACACACAAAAUGGGCCCCUCGAGUUCUCCACAUUCCCGCAUAUGUCAGAGAAACCCAAGACCUCCAUCGACUCGGGCAGCCACGAGUCCCUCGAUGCAGAGAAGGAACAGCACGUAGGCCCCCAUCCCACCGCUCCCCCUGAGCAGAAUCUAAAUAAACGAUCGUGGUGGCAGCGAGUACCAUUCACAUCAAGCAAGCCCCCUCCGCCUCCAAGCAUAUCUUUAGACGAUGCAAGCCUCAUACCUGAAGCGAAUGCGAACAUACUCGACUUAAUCACCUUUGGAUGGAUUACCCCCCUAAUGAGCUUGGGCUAUGCUCGUCCACUCGAAGCGCCCGACCUAUGGAAGCUCCAGGACAACCGCAAUGCAGAGGCUGUCGCUGACGCAAUUACCUCAUCAUUCAAUCGGCGGGCUCAGGCGGCAGCCGAGUACAACGAGCGCCUGGCGAACGGGGCGGUCGGACCUGGCUUGAAGGGGGUUUGGUGGUCUCUGCGAGGAAAGAGGGUGGAGAAAGAGAAGGAGUGGAGGGAGAAGACGGGAAGGAAGAAGCCUAGUCUGGUGUGGGCCAUGAACGACAGCGUCAAGUGGUGGUUCUGGUCUUCAGCUGUGCUCAAAAUCAUCGGCGACACUGCGCAAGUUACUAGUCCGCUUGUCGUGAAGGCUAUCAUCAAUUUUGCGUCGGAAUCAUACAGUGGACAUCGACUCGGCCAGUCCGUACCCCCUGUCGGCCAAGGCAUCGGUUUGACCUUCGCGCUCCUCCUCAUGCAGGUUGUUGCGUCCCUGUGUACCCACCACUUUUUCUACCGGAGUACCUCCGCUGGCGUCCUCCUCCGUGGUGGCCUUAUUACCGCCAUCUACACCCGUUCCCUCAAGCUCACCUCUCGCGCACGCUCGACGCUGACGAACGGAAAACUCGUUAAUCACAUCUCGACGGAUGUUUCUCGCAUUGAUUUCUGUGCAGGGUACUUCCACAUGGCAUGGACCGCGCCAAUUCAGCUUGCCAUCUGCUUGGUCUUGCUCAUUCUCAACCUUGGGCCGUCCGCCCUUGCAGGGUUCGCAUUCUUCAUCCUUGCAACUCCCCCGCAAACGGUUGUCAUGAAGCGUAUGUUUAAGCUUCGUGCAAAGAGCAUGGAGUGGACGGACAAGCGAGCGAAGUUAUUGCAAGAGCUUCUGGGUGGUAUGAAGGUCAUCAAAUUCUUUGCCUGGGAGAUACCUUUCCUCGCGCGGAUAACGGAAUUCAGGAAGAGAGAGAUGGCUUACAUCCGGUCUCUUCUCCUCUUGCGUUCGGCCAACAAUGCCGUGGCAAUGAGCAUGCCUGUUCUCGCCUCCGUCAUUGCAUUCGUCACCUAUUCUGUAACAGGCCAUACCCUCGAACCAGACGUCAUCUUCACCUCACUGACACUGUUCAACCUCCUGCGUCUUCCUCUUAUGUUUUUGCCCGUCUCGUUCAGUGCCAUCGCCGAUGCAGCCAACGCUACCAGUCGUCUCUACGCCGUCUUCGAAGCCGAACUCCUCGAGAAGACGCACACAGUCGACGAGAACCUCAAAGUCGCCAUCGAAGUCAAAGAUGCCUCCUUCACCUGGGACUCGCCACCCCCUGAAGAGGAAAGCAAAUCGAAGAAGCGCGGCGGGCGCCAGUCCUCCAAAGCUAAAGCCAGGGCCAAGGUUGACGCUGCGGCCAAGCAGAAGCAGCUCGACGACAAGGCGAAGAGCGACGAGGAGAACGUGUUCAAGGUCCGCGAUAUCAAUAUGAGCAUCCCGAGAGGACAGUUGGUUGCGGUUGUGGGCUCUGUGGGCAGUGGCAAGACGAGUUUGUUGCAGGGCUUGAUUGGAGAGAUGAGGAAGACGAGUGGGGAAAUUGUGUUUGGCGGGAGUGUGGGGUAUUGUCCGCAGAGUGCCUGGAUUCAGAAUGCAACUAUCAGGGAGAACAUCUGCUUUGGUCGUCCGUUUGAGGAGGAGCGAUACUGGAAGGCCAUACGCGACUCGUGCUUGGAACCUGACCUCGAGAUGCUACCCAACGGGGACAUGACGGAGGUCGGCGAGAAGGGUAUAUCGCUCUCUGGUGGUCAGAAGCAACGUCUAAAUAUCUGUCGCGCCAUCUACUGUGACACGGAGAUCCAGAUCUUUGAUGAUCCACUUUCAGCUCUCGAUGCCCACGUCGGCAAAGCCGUCUUCCAGAACGUCCUCCAGAACGCAACCUCUGGCAAGACUCGCAUCCUCGUCACCCACGCCCUGCACUUCCUCCCCCAAGUCGAUUACAUCUACGUCAUCGACGAUGGACGGAUCGCCGAGCGGGGCACGUAUCCCGAGCUCAUGGCCAAAGGUGGCGAGUUCUCUCUCUUCGUCACAGAGUUCGGUUCGUCUGAGGACGAGGAGGAUCACGAGCGUAAGAUAGAGGAAGAUGCCAUCGAGAGCGAUCGUGAUUCGGGCAAGACCAAGGAUGAAGCGGAGGAAAAGAAGCAGACGGAACGCACGGCGAAGAUUCGCAAGUCUGUCGCUGGUGCUGCGUUGAUGCAGACGGAGGAAAGGAAUACAGGGGCCAUCGCCUGGGGUGCAUAUAAGGACUACAUGAAGGCGGGUCAUGGAGACGUCGUCGCACCACUCUUGCUCCUUUCGUUGGUGUUGAUGCAGGGCACGACGGUGGUUUCAUCGUAUUGGCUGGUCUGGUGGCAAGAAAAAACAUUCAAUCAGCCUCAAGGAUUCUACAUGGGCAUCUAUGCUGGGCUCGGAGUUGGCCAGGCUGUUGCUAACUUCUUGAUGGGUGCUGCGUUUGCUGUCUUGACGUACUUUGCGUCUCAGAGCCUCCAUAGAGAUGCUAUUCGUCGAGUCAUGCAUGCACCUAUGUCCUUCUUCGAGACCACACCUCUGGGCCGCGUCAUGAACCGGUUCUCCAAGGACAUUGAUACUAUCGACAACCUACUCGGAGAGGCCCUUCGCAUGUUUAUGGGCACAUUCUCCGCCAUCCUCGGUGCCAUAAUUUUGAUCUCUAUCGUCCUCCCAUGGUUUUUGAUCGGCGUGUUCGUUGUACUCCUCGGAUACAUCUAUGCUGCGGCGUUUUAUCGAGCCAGUGCUCGAGAAUUGAAGCGCCUCGGUAGGCUUCCUUCCAAACAUUAUGGGACUCCCGAACUGAUCAUGAUCUUCGCAGAUUCCGUACUGAGGUCGUCACUCUACUCUCAUUUUUCAGAGAGCUUGUCAGGGCUGGCCACAAUCCGUGCCUAUGGCGAAGCAGAGCGGUUCAGACUGGAUAACGAAAAGCGAGUCGACGUAGAGAACCGCGCUUACUGGCUGACUGUUACCAAUCAGCGCUGGCUUGGAAUCCGGCUCGAUUUCCUCGGUGCCUUACUGACAUUUAUCGUGUCGAUGCUGACGGUCGGCACGCGUUUUACGAUAUCGCCUGCACAGACCGGUUUGGUUCUGUCCUACAUCCUCAGUGUCCAACAAGCGUUCGGAUGGAUGGUCCGGCAGAGCGCGGAGGUGGAGAAUAACAUGAACUCAGUUGAGCGGAUACUGUACUAUGCACAAGAGGUCGAGCAGGAGGCUCCUCAUUCACUUCCAGAGAAGAAGCCCGCUACUUCGUGGCCAGCUCAUGGCCGUCUCGAGCUCAAGAACGUCGUCCUCAGCUACAGGCCGGAACUACCUCCUGUGCUCAAAGGUAUCUCGAUGUCGGUCAAAGCUGGGGAGAAGAUCGGUAUCGUUGGAAGAACUGGGGCUGGGAAAAGUUCGAUCAUGACGGCCCUCUACCGUCUCGUGGAGCUCACGUCGGGGUCAAUACUCCUGGACGACGUUGACGUAUCGACUAUCGGGCUAACGGACCUGCGCAACGGGCUCGCCAUCAUCCCGCAAGACCCGCUUCUCUUCUCCGGAACGCUCCGCACGAACCUCGACCCUUUCAACCUGCACGACGACGCUACGCUCUGGGACGCCCUGCGGCGCGCGUACCUCGUCGACUCCUCGAAGCGCAACUCGCUUGAGAUCGAGGGGCAAGCAGCGGCGGAAGACGAGCUGCCGCCAAGCGGCGCCCAGACGCCCGUGAACCGGUUCAGUCUGGACACGGUGAUCGAGGAUGAGGGCGGCAAUCUCUCCGUCGGCCAGCGCUCGCUUGUGUCGCUGGCUCGUGCGCUUGUGAAGAAUGCGCGGGUGAUUAUCUUGGACGAGGCGACGGCCUCGGUUGACUAUGAGACCGAUCGCAAGAUCCAAGAUACGAUUGCGUACGAGUUCAAGGACCGUACUGUUCUUUGCAUUGCUCAUCGUCUACGCACUAUCAUAGCCUACGACCGCAUCUGCGUGCUCGAUGCUGGCCAAAUUGCUGAAUUCGACACCCCCGCCAAGCUAUACGAGAACACCGACGGUAUCUUCAGAGGAAUGUGUGAGCGUUCCUCCAUCACCCUCGACGACAUAAAACUAGCCGUCAAGGCUACGAUUCACGACACCGACGAUUAA